UCAUAAACUUAUCAAACUAUUUUGUGGAAUAUUCCUUGGUAAAUUCCUUGGAAUUAUACUUCUUUUUUUAAAAAAAAAAAAGCACACCCAAUCCCAACUCCUUUUAUAAGCUCCUGAAAUAUUCUUCCCCUUCUUGCAUAACCAUGCUGAAAGCUGAAUGACCUGUUUUGAAAGCACACUUAUCUUCUUAAGCUACUUUUGGGAAAAACACUUUUAACCUGAAAAUGGCUGCUUUUGCGAGAGCGAAGCGAGUCACGGACCCGCUUAACGAUAAAGUCAAGGCUCGAAUCGUCGGUAACUUCCGGUUUGAACCGGUUUACGUUAGCAGCGGAAGCGAACACGGCGGCGAGAACUCCGGCUACGACGACUCCCCGUGUCUCUCCGAUCUCGUCCACGGCUUUCUCGAGGACGACGCCGGAGUAGCUGAGUCGCCGGAGUAUGAUUCCGAUUCGGAGCGCGAUAUAUCAAUGUCUGAUCCGACGGACGUGAUUGAGGACCUGGUAAAUCCGGCGGUCAUGAUCAAUAUAGAUUCGUUCAGGAAUGCACUGUUAGCUCAUGUAUCGAAUGCUAUGGCGGUGUUCUCGUGUGCGAGAUCGAACAAACCUGUUUUUAGCCGGAACGUGAUGGCUUUUCUCAGAAAUUUAGGAUACAAUGCGGCAAUUUGCAAGACGAAGUGGGAGAGCUCCGGCGGACUCACCUCCGGUAACUACGAGUUCAUCGAUGUGGUUCGGUUAGAGUCCGGUACGUCGCAAUCGCACCGGUACUUCGUGGAUCUCGAUUUCGCCGGAGAGUUCGUGAUCGCGAGGCCUACUCGGCACUACGAGCUUCUAUUACAGACCUUGCCUGAGGUUUUCGUAGGGAGGAUUGAGGAUUUGAAGCAGAUCGUGAAGGCCAUGAGCGACGCAGCGAAGCGGUCUCUGAAAAGCAGAGGUCUAAGCCUCCCUCCGUGGAGAAAAAACCGUUACAUGCAGAACAAGUGGUUCGGUUCACACCGCCGGACGGUGAAUGUGAUUCCGGCGAACUCGCAGUCACUUCCGCCGCCGACGAACCCUAGUUUCGCCGUCAAGUGUCGUUCCGUAGGAUUUGACGCCGUUAACGGCAGUUUGUUCGUCCCCGCGACUACUCGCACAAGAUAACACCGUAUUUAUUUUAAUCCAAUUAAAUAAAUAAAUAAAGUAUUUAAAACCCGUCGUUUUGUUGUACAUAUUUGUUGACUGUACGCGGCGAACCCACAUCGUCUACGUGGCUGCCCAAUAUGUCAGGUUUAUCAUGGUUAGACAGGUCAUCACUAUGAACGGCUGGAUGGUUGGAGAGGCGUUAAUCACUAAAUCUAAUGCCUUUCGAUAUGUGGACCCCAAUGCUUUUGCUAUGCGGGCCCAGUGUUCACACAAAAAAUUUGUUUGAUGUGACGUAUGAUUGGAUGUUUCUGACAAGAGAACUUGGGACAGGUGGUGCCUAUCCAUGGUCGUGAGUGUACCAUAUUAUUUCUGAGAGCAUUUGAAGAGGAGGGUGAUAAUGUUUGUGGGGUCGUACGUGUUUGGAUAACGUUUUUUAGUAUACGGGAUAAGGCUUAAUUACCUUUGGUCACUGUUGUCCUUUGUUGGGGCUAAGUCUUGAAGUGGUUGAAGUAGUGUAUGACUGUGUUUGUUUAGGAGAUUGUGCAUUUGAUUAGAUUAUGUAUAUCAUGUUUGUUUCGAUCCAUGAUUGUGGAGUGAAUUAUCAAAUUUUGUUAAUUUGUGAGAA